CAAAACAAAUGAAUCAGCUGUUCGCAAAUAAUGUUUGGCUACCAAAGGCGGCGUCGUCGGAAGUUUAGCAUAAAACUUAAUCAACCUAUAUUAUAUUUUAUAUUAGGUUAAGCUCGACAACGAGUUCCCACUAAGAAGCUGUGAUGAAUUUCGACCAAGACAAGGAGAGUCAGCAAUUCUUCGAUAAGAUGCACAGCUCUCGAGGUACGCGUAAUUUGCAACAAAUAUUCGAAGACGACGACAGACCGCUACAGAGCGAAAGCAAUAAUUUGCGCUAUCAACCAACACAACAAAAGUCACAAACAGCUCCAACAACAGCAACAGCGACAACAACGACAACUGCCAGCAGCAACCGGAACAAUAACAAAUCAACAGCUGAGCCAAAGUGGAGCACUCUGGUGGCCAAAGUAGCCAAUGGCUACAACGGCAGCGAGAGUGUGGGACGUGUGGGCGUGGCACUCUCACGCAACGUCAUCGGUGCCGCCAAGCUGGUGAUCUACAAGUCACGCAGCCAAUUGCUCAGCACACUGCUGCUGACCAAAUCGACGACAUCGUCGUCGCCAGGCGAAGGCGCCUCCCGACUGCUAAUGCGUGCCUCUUAUAUGCAGUUCUACGAUGAUGAGCAGCGCUUCUGGAGUCUGCGCUUCGAGGCCGCCGUCGAUGAGGCGGAAUUCACCGAUGCGCUGAUCAGUUUGGGGCUGCCCAUCGAUCAGAAGCAGCCUGAAAAGGCGCAACAGAAUGCUAAAGAAGAGCAGCAGCAGGCGAGCACAUCAUUAGCAGCAUCAUCAACAGCAUCAACAGCAGCGUCAGCAGCAGGUACUCCAAGAUCGUUUCAACGUUUCAAGGAGUUCGAGGCGAGCAGCUGCGAUAGCGACAGCGAAUCAACGCAAUCCAACGAGGAGAACAUCUUGACAUUGCCGACGCCGGCGCCGAGUAAAGCGCUCAUUCCAGUGGCAUCAACAACUUCAUCAGCAGCACCAAGCAGCGGCAACAAACUGGAGGCAUAUUUGCAUGAGCAACGUGCCAAUGGCGAAGCGAUGGACAGGAAAAUGGACACACUACUUCAGGCCAUGUGUCGCCUCACAGCAGCCAAUCACAGCAGCAGCAACAGCGUUGUCAGUGAUUCCGCCUCAACACUGAAGAUUGAAUCGGUCAACGAUGUCGCUGAUAACGACAACGAGGAUGAGCUGCUGGAGCUGGAGCAGAAACUGUUGGACUAUAAGAAACAGAAUCGUGUGCUCGCCAAGAGUCUAAAGCAACGCGAACAGGAGAUGAUGGUGUUGCGUGCCUCAACUUGUAAUUUGUGCGACAAAAUGCGAAAUCAAAACAACGAGCUAAAGAAGCAAAAUAGAACUUUAAUCGCAACGUUGGCGGAUAAGGCGAAGAGUGAUGAUCAGCAAGAUGAUGAUGAUGCAGCAGGGAAUGCAAGUUGUUUGCAGUGUGACAAGUAUCUGGAGAGAAUCAGAGAGCUGGAGAAGCGUGUUCAGUUGCUGCAGGCGGUUGUCUUGGAUUAUUCCAAGGACAUCAAAAGCAGCAGCAGCAGCAACUCGUCAGGGCUUCUCUAAUUAUUGUAUUAUCUUUUUGUAUUUCGUAUUCAUUAUUAUUUGCAAUUCGUUGCAAAAUUGGAACCCGUUUUUUUUGUGCAUUCCACACACUAAAAGCAUAAAUAAAUAAUCUAAAAUUUUCAUUUGUAUAUUAUUAUUGUUAUUUCUAGUGAUCUCGUUUCUAUGUCAUUUGAUUUCCUGUGUGUAAAAUGUGCUGAAAUAGCUGAACAAAUAAAUUAUCUAUUCAAAUCUUGUAAUAUUAACUGCCAUCACUAAACUUACUUUGUAUAUACAGAUCCAACCAAUUGUUGAAACAAAUUUACAAAAAUUUAGUGCAUAGAUUGAUUCUAAGAUAAGAAAAAGCAAUAAAUAAUU